CUGGUAGCCAAUCUCCUUUGGUGUCAGAGGCCCACUGCUGGGCAGGAGGAAAUAGAAACGACCUUAUGUUUUACUUUCAUUUCUCCAGCAGAAAAUUGUACUUGGACACUGACAGCGCGAGCUGUGGGACAGUUCUCCAGCAGAGUUUGGCUUUAGCCCGAGCCCAGGAGGAGGGGAGUUCGGGCAACUGGAGCCCAGACUGUCACCUGCUGCGUUAUGGGAAAUGCAAAUAAUAAAGGGCCAAUCCCACCCCCCUCCUCAAAGCCAACUCCAGAGGGGAUGGUGAAGCGACUCCAGGAGGACGUCACCUGCUCCAUCUGCCUGGACAUCUUGGAGGACCCCGUCUCCAUCGAGUGCGGCCACAACUUCUGCCGGGGCUGCCUCUCGGCUCACUGGAGCGGGGUCUCAGCCUGGGAGUCCCAGUGCCCCGAGUGCCGGGCUCCCUGCUCCAGGGACAGGAUGAUCCCAGACACACGCGUCAAAAGCCUGGUGGAGAAAAUCAGAGACCUGCCACGCGAAGAGACGCUGACAGCAACAGGGACAGUGAGCCCUGAGCAGGGGCCGGGGGCUCAGCUGGGAUCAGGGCGCCCGGUGCAGCUGGUGCGUCUGGACAAAGAAGGGGGCCUGACCCUGGACGAGGAGGCCCUGAGCCUCUGCCUGGAGCAGUGUGGGGUGGGGGACGCCCCCGUCUGCCUGGUGUCCAUCAUCGGGGAGCAGCGCCGGGGCAAAUCCUUCCUGCUGAACUACCUGGUGCGCCGGCUCCGGAGCCCGGAAGUGAAGGACGGAUCCUGGAUGGGCCGGGAGGAGGAGCCCUUGGAGGGGUUCGAGUGGCGAGUUGGCGCCUGCAGUGUCACCAAGGGGGUGUGGGCGUGGAGUCAGCCCUUCUGGGUCCCCACUGAGUGGGGGAAGGUGGCCGUGCUGCUGGUCGACACCGAGGGCUCCAUGGACAUUGUCAGAGACACAGAGACCAGUGUCAAACUCUCCGCCCUCUCCAUGCUGCUUGGCUCCUACCAGAUCCUGAAUGUUUCCAGCCAGAUAAAGGACACUGAUCUAGCAUAUCUGGAGGUGAAGCAGGGAGAGGGCAGGAUGUGGCGCCGUUCUCAGGCAGCCUCUCAGGGUUCCCUCUCCACUCUGGGGUACAGCUGUGGGGACCCGCAUGAAAAACCCCCCUAAGCUUAUUUCUACUAGCUUAGGUUAAAAACUUCCCCAAGGCACAAAUCCUUCCUUGUCUUUGGAUGGGUAUUGCUGCCACCACCAAGUGAGUUACACAAAGAUUAAGGAAAAGGACCACUUGGAGUUCCUGUUUCCCCAGAAUAUCCCCCAAGCCCCUUCAUCCCCCUUCCUGGAGAGGCUUGAGAAUCAUAUACCAACCGAAUAGGUUAACAAGGUGAGCACAGACCAGACCCUUGGGUUUUUAGGACACUUGAAAAAACAGAA